AUGUCUGACGACGAGAAGCUCCAUAAUGGCUAUCAUGGCUGGAUGAAAACAAUUGCUAAGACAUCACAGGACUUUACUCCUAUGCGAAUUGAUAACGUCGUGGCUACUGUUCCAAAUAAUGACUCAAGUUCCGUGUGGAAUAGUGCAGGCACUUGGGAGGAACGUGACAAGUCGGAAUGGGCACGUGAGCGGCUUAAAUUCCAUAUUUUGGCUUCGUUUAGAGUUGAAGACGAAGCACAAGGAUUUGAUAUCAAGGUGACAUCUUUUGAACGAUGUGAUGGGGAAGCUAAGGUUGUUUUUAGUCGCGGUAAAAAACGUUGUGGCUACGAUUUUUCAGUCAAAUUUGCAUGGGAAAGCAGCGAUAUUUCAGGGCACGUUGAGCUACAUGACUUUGAUGAUACAAGUGGAGACGAUUUCGAAGUAAUCGUUACAGCAAAUGGUAGCGGCCAGCGUGAACUUGCUGCGAAAAAGGCAGUCAUUGAUCAGGAACAAAAACUGCGAGACGUGCUUGCUCUUUGGAAGCAAGAGCUUUUGCAACAAUAA